AUGUCCUCCACUGGCGAACCCCCUCCCCCUCCUUCCUGGGCAGACAUUGCCGGAGCCGUUCAUAAACGUCCGUUUGGUUCGGCUCCUUUGGAUGAUGAUACUCUUGCGAGACUCAAGGCCACGGUGACUGACUCUUUUCGCGUGGAUGACGAUGCUAAACAGAAAGCUCACCGGAGAUUUAGUCAGGCUCUCUAUGGCAAGCUUUUUGGGAAAUCCCCUCCUUUUGAGACGGUGAAGGCUGCUCUUCUUGGUCUCUGGAAACCUUAUGGAGUCAUUCACAUUGCUGAUAUGCCGAAUGGAUACUUGCUCAUUCGGUGUGAGACUGAAUCAACUAAGCAGCAGCUUCUAUUCAAAGGUCCCUGGUCGGUUAAUGGUUUAACUCUGCAACUGGUCCCUUGGCAACCUUAUUUUGAGCCUGCACAUACUAAGCUCUCUCGUGCGAUGGUCUGGCUCCAACUUCACAACCUCCCAGUUGAGUUCUGGGAUGGUGAAACCUUGGAAUCCAUUACUGAAUCCAUUGGAAAACUCUUGAAGGUUGAUGAGUUUACCUCAUCACUUGCCAGAGCUCGUUUUGCCCGUGUGUGCUUAGAGAUCGACUUGUCUCGUCCUUUGAAGAGGGGCUUCUGGUUAGAAGAUGGUGAUUCCAAAGUGUUUGUUGUGAUUCUUUAUGAGCGAUUACCUACUUUUCAUUAUCGAUGUGGCAUUAUAGGGCACGCAGGCGUCCGAUUCUACGGCGGCACAGGGGUCUCUCCGGGUGACCAGAUGAUGGAGGAUGCCACAGCAAGCGCUGGUGGCGACCUCCCAGUCUCCUCUCGGUCUGGUCCGGAGAGCUCUUAG